AUUUCUUCCCACUAUCAUUUACAUUUGGUUCCAGACAUACCAUCAACAUUUUAUUUUAUACUAAAUGUGGAUCAAGGUCCAUUUGCCACACUCAAAAUGGCGACAGAACCUAACCAUUCCUGACCAACUUUACGCAGGUGCCUGUGUUAUUAACGUUUGUCCUCCUCUACCUUGUCAAUUUGGAAAGGACUCUACGGAGGCCUGGGUCACGGAUCUCCAGCAUUGUAAAUUACAGCUACUCAUCAUGGCACUGAGAAGCGCGGUGUGCCGUUUGCUGGUCAACCCCCAGAGAUGUGCCAUCAUUUCAGCAUCAAGAUCACAGGGAUCAGCAGCGCCUGCACAAAAGGAUGCAGAGAAAGCUAGUGAGAAGAAAGCUAAAGCACCCAAGGUUCAGUUUAACUGGCGGGAUGGCCUGGAGCUGGAGGGUCAGCUGACUGAGGACGAGAUCAUGAUCCGAGACUCGUUCCGGGAUUACUGUCAGGACAAACUCAUGCCCCGCAUUCUGAUGGCCAACAGAAACGAAGUGUUCCAUCGAGACAUUGUGUCAGAGAUGGGGGAGCUGGGUGUCCUGGGCCCAACCAUUAAAGGCUAUGGCUGUGCUGGGACGAGCUAUGUGGCCUACGGUUUGAUCGCAAGGGAAGUGGAGAGGGUGGACAGCGGCUACCGCUCUGUCAUGAGUGUGCAGUCCUCCUUGGUCAUGCACCCUAUCUACGCGUACGGUACCGAAGAGCAGAAGGAGAAGUGGCUGCCCAGGCUGGCUCGCGGAGAGAUCCUGGGCUGUUUUGGGUUGACUGAGCCCAACCACGGCAGUGACCUCAGUGGCAUGGAGACCCGGGCUAAGUUCAACCCCUCCAGCCGCACCUUCACUCUCACUGGCUCCAAGACCUGGAUCACCAACUCCCCUGUGGCGGACAUCGCUGUGGUCUGGGCCAAGUGUGACGAUGGGAAGGUGAGUGGCUUCAUCCUGGAGCGCGGUAUGAAGGGCUUCACCACACCCAAGAUCGAGGGCAAGUUUUCCCUGAGGGCAUCUGCCACUGGCAUGAUCAUCAUGGAUGAGGUGGAGGUUCCUGAGGAGAACCUGCUGCCCAAAGUCUCUGGCAUGGGGGGUCCCUUUGGUUGCAUGAACAAUGCCCGGUAUGGCAUCGCCUGGGGUUCACUAGGUGCUGCAGAGUUCUGCUUCCACGCGGCUCGUCAGUACACACUAGACAGAAUCCAGUUUGGAGUACCCCUCGCCAGAAACCAGCUGAUGCAGAAAAAGAUGGCUGACAUGUUGACAGAAAUCACCAUUGGCCUGCAGGCCUGUCUACAGCUGGGGAGACUCAUCGAUGCCAAAAAGGCAGCCCCUGAGAUGAUCUCUAUGCUAAAGAGGAACAGCUGUGUGAAGUCCCUGGACAUCGCCCGGCAGGCCAGAGACAUGCUGGGAGGAAACGGCAUCUCUGACGAGUACCACGUCAUCCGCCAUGUUAUGAACCUGGAGACCGUCAACACAUACGAAGGUACCCAUGACAUCCAUGCCCUGAUCCUGGGCAGAGCCAUCACUGGACUGCAGUCUUUCACUGUUAAUACCUAACUGCCUGUUGCUAGUGCUCAAACAGACCACUAACAGAAACCUCAAGUCAAUCUGUUCCUUAAACAAAGGACAAGUAGUUCUACACUGCUUUGAUGGCUUGUGUUCUACAGAAACACUGAUGCUAAUGUUGCCUCUCUCUUGAGUUUGUAGAAUAUGGGCUGGUUUUCUGGACACAGAUUAAGCUUGGUCCUGGACUAAAAAAGCAUGCUCAAUGAAGCAUUUUGAUUGAAAUAGCUUUUUAGAACAGGACUAGGCUUAGUCUGUGUCCGGGAAACCAGUCCUAAAUCUAUAUUUUAUGCGAAAGACUUGCCUUUAAAACUUGACCUGGCCUAUCAUCGAUCUCAUGGACAAUUCAUGAGUGUAAUUAUUUCAAUUUGAAAAACAAAGCUAUUUUUCUACUCUGUCAUAAAACCCUAGUACUUACUGGUUAGUUUGGACAAUUUCUGACUACAAUAUUUUUGUAAUAGUUUCUAUACUGUGGAAGUUAAGAUGGUUCAGAAUGAAUCACUGUUUCCUCACAACAUUUAGUAAAAUAGUUGUUGGACAAACAUUUUAAAAUUAGGUCAAGAUCCAUACUUAUGUCCUGAGUUUUUAGAACUGUGAUGGUACUAAUGACCAGUUAUUGGUAAUUGAAUGCCAAAUAAAUGAUACUACAUUUACUGUUUGUUUUUAAAAAAUAAGUUAAAUCAAUUGAAGUUAAGUAAAUAAAUGAAAACAGUUUAUAUAAUCAUGCCAUUGCUUUUUUUGUAAUUGAAUAGAUGUAUUUAUGACUUACCAUUUAGGCAGAUCAGAGAGAUUUGUAUUUUGGGGUACAGGACAAUGAAUGCUGUUUGCACUUUAUUAUGUUUGCUCUCCUCAGAACUCAACCAGGUGUAAAUGUUAUGGAUGGUUUGAAUUGCACUGUCAAGGGUUAAUUCAAGAUUUUCACGAAUAACGCUUGCAGUACUUUCGUUGCAAUUUCCUUUUGCUGGCAAAGUAAGUGUUGUAGUAAUGCUCACUAUCUAAUGCUAAAUUAGUCUCUUGUUUAUAAAUUAAUUGUCAUCAACAGGUGGUCCAUUUAAUCCAGAGUGGUUGGAGGAUUUUUGGAUUACUCAUCCUUCAUUUCGUGGUAGUGUUUUGAAUGUUCCUAUUUGAAGUAACAUGGAGUGUUUUAUAAAGUGAAUAAAAAAAGAUGAGGGGUU